AAAUUUCUGUUUCUGAUUUCUUCAGCUCAUAAAACAGAACCAUCUAUUUUCAGCAAGUUUAUGGGCAGCUUAAGAGUAAUCACACUCUUUGCCAGUUUUCAGGCAAUCCCCUUCAAACAGCAUGUAUCGAGAAACUCGAGAACCGUGAAAUAAAUCGAAUAAUGUCACUGUUAAAGAGAGAGAAAGAGAGUAAAGAUUCAAGAUUUUUGGUGUUUUGUUGAUUGAGAAAGAGAAAGCUUGAUUCUUGGCUCCAUUGCUUGAUGCAAGAGAUGGAGCCUGUUUGAGAGGGAGUGUGUUUUUGUUUUGAGAGAGGGAGAAGAUGGCUUCUGUUGAAGAGAAGCAGAAGCCAGGAGGUUUGGUGAAUGGGGGAAGCAAUGUAAUUGAUAGCAUGAAAUUGUUGAAAGAAAUGCAAGACACUGGAGUAAAGAAGCCAAUAAACUCAGAGCUGUGGCAUGCCUGUGCCGGUCCACUGGUCACCUUGCCUCAGGUGGGGAGCCUUGUAUACUAUUUCCCUCAAGGCCAUAGCGAGCAGGUUGCCGUUUCCACGAAUAGGUCACCAACGACACAAAUACCCAACUAUCCGAAUCUCCCUACACAGUUGUUGUGCCAAGUUCACAAUGUUACACUGCAUGCUGACAAAGAAACCGAUGAGAUCUACGCCCAGAUGAGCCUGCAAUGCGUAAAUUCUGAAAAGGAUGUUAUACCUAUACCCGAUUUUGGACUGAAGCCUAGUAAACAUCCAACUGAGUUCUUUUGUAAAACAUUGACGGCCAGCGAUACAAGCACACAUGGCGGCUUUUCAGUUCCUCGGAGGGCUGCUGAAAAGCUCUUCCCGCAACUAGAUUACUCGAUGCAACCUCCAACUCAAGAACUAGUAGUCCGGGAUUUGCAUGAUAACACGUGGACUUUUCGUCACAUAUACCGGGGGCAGCCAAAACGGCACCUUUUGACAACUGGCUGGAGUAUGUUUGUUGGAGCAAAGAGGCUUCGAGCAGGUGAUGCGGUUCUGUUUAUCAGAGAUGAGAAAUCACAGCUGUUACUGGGUGUGAGGCGCGCCAACCGUCAGCAAACGACUCUGCCAUCUUCCGUUCUGUCUGCUGACAGCAUGCACAUAGGAAUCCUUGCUGCUGCUGCUCAUGCUGCUGCUAAUAGAAGCCCGUUUACAAUCUUCUACAAUCCGAGGGCAUGCCCCUCGGAGUUUGUCAUUCCGUUGGCUAAAUAUAGAAAAGCAGUUUUUGGGACGCAGCUGUCUAUUGGUAUGAGGUUCGGCAUUAUGUUUGAAACCGAAGAAUCCACUAAACGGAGAUACAUGGGCACGAUCAUAGGAAUAAGCGACAUAGAUCCAUUAAGAUGGCCCAACUCGAAGUGGCGUAGUCUUCAGGUGGAGUGGGACGAGCCUGGAUGCGGUGAUAAGCAGAAUCGAGUUAGCCCUUGGGAGGUCGAGACUCCCGAGAGCCUCUUCAUAUUUCCAUCUCUAACCGCAAACAUGAAACGCCCUUUCCACUCGGCUUUCAUAGGAGCACCACCACCCGAAUGGGAUUCUUUAAUGAAUGGCUCCGUGCCUUUCCAAACGAGUCCGUGUGGAACACAAUCACGCCUGGAGGCACACAGUCUUCAAACUCCAACGGUCGAUCCAUCCCACGCUGAAUCUACUAUUGCCAACGCCUCGGUCGAUUUUAGCCCAUACCCGAUGAUGUGUCCGUCUCCUCCCCCCGGAUUGUUUAGAAAUACGGGAUCCUUGUCCGUGUUCAAGAAACCCGACCAGUCUCCAAUGUCGUCUGAAGUGGCUUACUCGAUGAUGCUGCCUUCAGUCGGACAAGAGCUAUGGGACGGCCAAUUUAGCAACCCCAAGUGCGCUGCUCUUCCCGUGCUGCUGCCUCAUCACGACAUUUCGAACUUCCAGUACGGUUCGAAUGUUUUGAAAGACUUGUCAGAUGAUAAGCACAACCAAAGUGACAUAUACAGCUGUCUCAAUCUUGACGGGAGUAACAGCGGGAGCACGGUGAUCGACCCUUCUUCCGUCUCUAGCACCAUCUUGGACGACUUCUCCGCCCUCAAGAACAUGGAUUUCUCGAACCCCUCGGAUUACAUGGUGGGGGGCUUCUGCUCGACCCAAGACGUCCAAUCGCAGAUCACGUCGGCCAGCUUAGCAGACUCGCGGACGUUCUCCGUACAGGAAUACGCUGACAACUCGGGCGGGGCAUCAUCCAGCAACGUCGACUUCGAUGACAUCCUGCAGCAGAGCUCCUUCCAGCAAGUCACUCCUAGGUUCCGGACCUACACAAAGAUUCAGAAGGCGGGAUCGGUGGGGAGGUCGAUUGACGUGUCGAGCUUCAAAACGUACAACCAGCUGCGGUCGGAGAUUGAACGCAUGUUCGGGCUGGAGGGCCUGCUGAACGACCCUGGCUCGGGAUGGAAGCUCGUGUACGUGGACUUUGAGAGCGACGUGCUUCUCGUUGGGGACGAUCCGUGGGAGGAGUUUGUUGGGUGUGUUCGAUGCAUAAGGAUUCUGUCGCCGGCGGAGGUGAAGCAGAUGGGGGAGGAGGGGAUGCAGCUGCUCAACUCCGCGGCGGGGAGGGGGAUUCAACUUGAAUAUUAGAUGAAUGUUGUAUGUAAAUUGGAUUCUGAUUCAACCUUGUAGCUUUUCAUCAUUCUA